AUCAAAUAGUUAUUCUAUUUUGAGUACCUACAGAUUUGAUGUUAACCUAAAAGUCUUCUAAUUUCAUUUAUUAACAAUAUAUUAUAAUGUUUGGUGCCAUAGAAAUAUUUCUUUUGAGUGUAUCAGUACUGUUUAUAGUUUUAGUUAAAUGUACGGAUAAAAAUCCACCACCAAUUUUUGGAAUAUACCAACGAAAAAGCGGUUUAUAUUGGUUCAAAGUGCUUUUUCUAUAUUUAAUAUUUAAUCUUCACCAGAUCAAACAAUUUUUUAAAGAAUAUGAACUAAAUAAAUUCGAAAAAUUCGAAAAACCGCAAAAAAUGCCCGUUGGUUUCGAAAAGGCUACCGAUGUAGUGACAUUUACUGGAGCAAAUAAAAAUGGUGAUUAUUUAAUAGUCAAUUUCGGUAAACGUCAUCAAUCUGUAGACGGAUACUUCUUUUUAAAAAUUAAAGACUCACAAUUAGGAGUGCUUGCUUUAGCUAAUUAUCCAGACAAUGAAUUAAAGAAAGCUGCCGAAAAUGAUUACGAAUAUUCAACUGAAGGUAUCGAGUUGAUUUGUGUGGAGCCAUUGAAAAAAUGGAGAAUAAUCUAUAAAGGAAAGAUGGUACAAGUUGAUAAUACAAAAAUAGACCACGAAGUUGAAAUUGAGGGAGUUUGGACCUCAGAUUUGCCUGCCUUUGAUAAAGCAACUAAUUUAGAUUAUCUAAACACCGCCAAAUGUAUUGCGUAUGAGAAAUUGAACAAAACUUAUUUCAAUAAUCUUAAAACAGGGAAAAGAGACGUGUAUGACCAAUGUGGAAUCUUACAGUUAAAAGUUACAAUUGGGGCUAAAAAUUAUAAACUUGUGCUCGAUACCAGUAAAUCAAGAAGUAUAGAAAAUAAUACAGACGAUAGUUUGUAUUACAAAGCUGGUUUUCACCAAUUUAGUACAGAAAAUGGUGACUUUUUCAAUGUGGGACAAGCAUGCGUCCCAUUAAUAGCUUCUCGACUUUCUGGAGGAUUUGUGUAUAAUGCGAAACAUAAGGAAUUUUAUCCUGUACAAAAAUGCAGUUUUGAGCUAUACAAAUAUGGCGGAAUAGACGCGUCUCCCGAUGAUUAUGGAUUUACUUUUAGAGCAGGCGAUAAAGACUAUGCUGUUAUAGUUGCUGCUAAGGACGCCCCCUAUGUAUAUUCGGGACCUAAUUGGGAAACUAAAACGUACCUAAAGAUGAGUACCUUUAAAGUGAACGGUAAACAAGGAUGGGGCGUUGCAAAAUGGAUUUACAGAAAUGUUGAUGGCAAAGAUGUAAAAUAAAUUUAAUUUAUAG